CCUUCUUCAUCAUCAACCCUCACACGAGAUUAACUCUUUCCCAAGAAAUAAAACGAAACGAAUCCAACCUCAUUUAGUUUAGGUCGAACCCUUUCGCGAAUCCUAAUCACAGAAAAACUUCCUCUUAUUCUCCUCUGAUUAUUUUGUUUUCUGUAUUUUAAGGUUAUUCGGAGUUCGUUAAUCGAUUGGUGAUUGUGUUUUGCACUUCUAGCCAUGGCAGCCAGAAUUCUUGCUAACUUGAUUGUCAUGGGUUCUGGAAUAAUGAUCAGAGCGUUUGCUCAGGCAUAUCGUCAGGCACUUGCAAACGCCUCAAAGACUGGUGCUGCGCAAGAAGCAGUGGAAACUAUCAAAAGAGGUAGUAAAAUGAUGACUGAGGCGGAGGCUAGGCAAAUACUUGGUGUCACUGAGAAUACACCAUGGGAAGAGAUUGUGAAGAGGUAUGACAAGUUGUUUGAGAGGAAUACUCAGAGUGGCAGUUUCUAUCUCCAAUCGAAGGUGGUUAGAGCGAAAGAAUGCCUGGAAAGUGUUGAGAAACCAAAGCAGCAGCAGAACCCGAGUUAAAUCAUUUUCUCGUGGUUCGUGAGAAAUCUUUUACCGAGUUGUGAAAUAUAGGUAGUUAUAUCACUCUCUGAGAAGAUCGUUGUUUCUCACAUAAUUCUUUGGGUUUUGACACCUGGAAUAUGGUACGAAAAGUUUCAAGUGGCUUGAAUGUCAUAUAUUAGUUGAGGAUCGGAAUGUGCUAUCCUACUGCUGUUUGUAAACGCAACUUCGUAUCCUAGCUAUAUCAUUAUAUAUGCGCGGCCAACGAAUAACCCUUGUAACUGUUUUGCACGAGCUUGGCUGUCUAUUCAGAAGAUGGCCUAUGUUCUCAUAGCUAUUGAUUUGAUGAUCUUGGUUUGGAA